CGUUUACCAAGAGGAGGGGGGAAAAAAAACAAAAACUGUCGACAACUGUCUGUUGAAGUUAGAUUGCUCCAUCGAAAGUUUCGGAAUAAGCAAACAACGUCAUGGAAAUCAUUAAAGGCAGUUUAGAUGAUAUAUCCCGACCUGCAUCGAGCGAGCUAACAGGUAACAGAGUUUUUCCUGCCGCGCCAUUUGAACUUCUUGUUUUGAACAACGAUUCAACUGAUGUGCAGCAGAAGUGCAGUGGAAAAAUGGAUCACCAUAAUAGAGCCAAAGGACCUGGCAUAAAUCUGUCUGUUGCAGACAUCACAGAGGAUGAAAAUGAGGACUCAAAGCUGCGGAGAGCCUUUGAGGAAAUGGGCCGACUUGACGAGAUCCUUGCAGCAGAAAUCUACAAGGAAAAAGAAAUUCGGUGUCAAAGGAAAGAGCUGCAAGCAAAACUGUGGCAAGAGCUGCAGAGAAGACCUGACAGAUAUUCUGAAUGUGCUCAUGAAGCUUUGAACACGAAGCUGUUUUUGGCUUUGGAAACCCACACUUGUGAAAAAGAAGAAGACCACUUUGCACCCCUGUUUGAAACCCAGGUUCCUGACUGUGAGCAUGAUGGAGAUGACCAGGGCUUGGACCAAACUGAAAACCGGCCUGACAGCUCAACUGCAUCAUUUAAAGGAAGCAGUGCAAAUAUUCUGGGCAUCAAUAUUUUGGAAAGCAACAGCAAAACUCCCAAAGCUACGAAUAAACAGAAGGACUUCGUCCAGAGGAACAUAGAGCUGGUAAGCAGUGAUGUGGGUCAAGAUCUUUUGACCCGUUCUGAGAAAGAGCGUCUGGCUGAACUCCUUCAAGAAAUAAAUGAAGAAGAAAAGGAGGCUAUGUGGGCUACGUCAGUCUCAGCAGGCCAGGGUUACACCCCAGAGCCUUUUGAUCUGGAGCAGCUGAUGAAGAUUGACUCUAAAAUUCGCCUCCUUUUUCCUGCUGAGGAAUUUCACUCUCUGCAGAGCUCAUACACAGACCUAAGCAUGUCUCAGCUUCUACAAGCAUUGGCUGACGAUACUGGAAUCAGCAUUUUGUUCCCAUUAGCCUGCAGGGUCUGUUUGACUGGGCCCUGGUUCCAAGGUUGGUUGGAAGCACAAUGGGGACCAGCAGCCAGGAGAGAAGGUCCUGCAGGAUAUAAAGGAGAGAAGAGAACUGGAGAGACGGCUCCAUGAGAUCCAACAGCAGCUGGAGAUUCUGGGUGGUGGCCAGGAGAAGACUAAUGAAUCAGCAGACCUUAUUGAGGAUCAGCUUCUUUGUCUGCUGGAUGAAUGUGAGCGGACUGAGAGCUGGAGCCGUGACAAUCAGAGGAACAAAACAGUGCCAUCAGAACCUUAAAAACAUCCAACUUGUCCAUCUGGAUUACGGCUCCCUGAUUACAUCACCAUGCUUUUGUUUUCAUUCAUCAAGGAUUAUAAAUGAAUGAAAAUGCAAAUAUUAUAAAUACAUAGACUGAUAAGAU